UUCCUCCAGAGCAGAAACUGCUCCCCGCUUUGCAGAAGAAGGAUCCUCUGCUUUUCCCCACCGCGCGCUGCAUCUGCGGCUCCUCCUGCAACCCGAUAAGAGAUGGAAGAACAAGACUCUGCCACCCUCGAAGCAGGAAGACUGCCUGACAGCAUUGUGACUGGGAGCACAGGGGAAAUUUGGGGUGAAAGCAGACACAAGACAUUGAGGGAGAACAUCCAUGGCUCAGGUGUGCACUGCCAACAGUUUAGGCAUUUCCACUACCAGGCGGCCAAGACUCCACGCGAAGUUUGCAGCCGACUCCACCAUCUCUGCCGUCAGUGGCUGAAGCCGGAGAGACACACCAAGACUCAGAUGCUGGAUAUGGUGGUCCUGGAGCAGUUCCUGGCUGUCCUCCCCCCGGAGAUGGAGAACUGGGUGAGGGAAUGCGGAGCAGAGACCAGUUCCCAGGCGGUGGCCCUGGCCGAAGGUUUCCUCCUGAGUCGGGCAGAGGACCAGAAGCAGGAAGAGCUGCAGGUGAGAGUUUUGUCUGGAUCAGGGAAAGUGAACCUGGUUUCCUCUAGAGGUUGUGGAACUAAAACUCCCAUCAUUGCUGUUCAUUCUACAUAUCAACUGGGAAUGAUGGGAGCUGAAGUCCAGCAACUUUUGGAGAAUAUCAUGUCAGCUACCUCUGAACUAGAUAAUCCCAAGGGGCUCAGGAUGUGA